UGUUCUUGAUAUUCUUUCGAUUAUUCUGGUUGAAGAAAUAGGGUUUCGAGUUAAUUAGGGAUAUCUGAUUUUAGGGUUUCGCUUCUGAUUUCAAUCGAAAGAGAUGGUGUUUACAUCUAGAGCUAUCACCUUCCGUACCCUCUCUGAGAUACGGAGGGAAGAGGGACUUCCAACCGUUGAUGAUCUCAGACGGCGGUAUCGAAGAAGUUUAUUCACAGCUGAAGAAGCCGCCGCUGCUUUUAGAGCUGCAGAAGCGGCAGCGGCAUUGGCGGAAACGGCAGUAAUAGCAGAAGCGGAAGCGACAACAUCUGCAGAAGCGGAAGAACUUGAGAUUAAAUGCGAAAAUCUGAACCCUUGUGCAUCCAGAGCUGGUAACAAUUUAGGUAAACUGAAAGGAAAGUCUAUUCCAAAAGAUGUUGGCGAGUCAAGUAGUGAAACUGAGAAUGUGAGCCCUGCUGGUGCAUCUUCUGGUACCAAAGUUGAAGUGAAAGGAAGUUCUGUUCUCAACCGCCCCCGCGGGGAGCCAAUUGAAUCCAUAGUUGAAUAUGUGAAUGUUGCAGCAACUGAUACUGCCUCUGUCACCGUAGCUGAAGUUGAAGGAGGAUCUGUUCGUAAGUGCCCCGGCAAGGAUCUUGAUAUAUCCACAUCUAAAGACGAUUAACAGCUGCAAAGAACUGAUCCAGGAGUGAAUCUACUGAUAAACGUCGUGGUCACUUUGCCAGUUUGCCCCAACUCCACACUUAAACCCCUUCCACUCACUACCAUGACUGCAAUUUCCCUUUUUUUUUUUUUAUGUAUUUCUUUUUAUUUUUAUUUUAUAGUCAGUAUUGUUCCCUUAAUUUUAGAGGUAGUGGUCAGGAAGUUGCUUUUCCAUUUUGUAUUGAAAGAAAACUUACGAUGGAUCAUUAUUUUAGAUGAUUAUUGGAUGAACCUUUGCAAA